AUGUAUGAGCCAAGAGCUGUAAGGCAGGAGGACCAAAGCGUGUCCGACUCGGACUCUGAGUUUAAAGACAGUUCUGAUGAUUCAUCUAUCGGCAAUGUUGACGAGUGGAUAUUGUGUUUAGACUUGUGUGAAUGUGGAUGCUGCAUGCACAUGCCUACAGUCCAUGAGAGAAAAUGUAGCCGGUCAACAAACAUAGUCGAUGGAAAGGCAGAAGCAGAAUGUGUGCCAUGCAUCAUACUUCACGAGGGGUUCCAGGUGAACUGCUCCAACAUUCAUGAAUUGGAGACCACGUAUUAUGAAUUUAUUUACAACAAUGGGCCAAGGGAAGAACAUCAAGACAUUCAUGAGUAA